AUGGAGCCUUCGGGCGAUGAGCCGGGUGAUGAUGGAAAGCUUUCCACCGGUGCGGAGUCUGCUGAGAACUAUGAAACCUUGAAAUACCAGCUGCUAGGACCAUCUUUGACCAAGGCAGGUCAGGAUGCUGUGGAUCAGCGCAAAGUAUCCGAAAUUAUCUAUAACGCGUCCAAGGGCUCGAAAUUCUUCAAUCACGAGCAAAAUCGCGACAAGGUCUUGACAAUCAAGAUCGAACGUAUUCUGAAGGAGAAAGCCCGGCUCGAAAAGUUGGAUCUGUCGGCUGAUCUACGACGCGCUGACCAGCUUAUCGCGGAACUCGAACUAACCCGGGACUUAUCGCAACAUGUCGUCCACGUCGACUGCGAUGCUUUCUUUGCCGCAGUCGAAGAACUCGACCGCCCUGAGUUGAAAACCGUUCCUAUGGCGGUCGGCAAGGGGGUCCUGACGACAUGCAACUAUGAGGCCCGAAAGUUCGGCUGUCGGAGUGGCAUGGCAUCCUUCGUGGCGAAGAAACUCUGCCCUCAAUUGAUCUGCUUGCCUCAGAACUAUGACAAGUAUACUGCCAAAGCGAAGGAGAUCCGCGCGAUCUUCGCACAGUACGAUCCCAUGUUCGAGAGUGCUAGCAUCGACGAGGCUUAUCUUAACAUGACUGCAUAUUGUAUUGAAAAUGAACUCGACCCAGAGGAAGCAGUCCAGCGCAUGCGAGCAGAAGUUCUGGAAAAGACACAGAUCUCGGUAUCCGCAGGCAUUGCAGCGAAUGCCAAGAUUUCCAAGAUCGCGUCAAAUAAGAACAAGCCGAACGGCCAGUUCUGCGUACCUAAUGACAGAGAUGCGAUCAUGAAAUUCAUGCAGGAUUUACCUGUCCGCAAGGUGAAUGGCGUUGGUCGUGUCUUCGAACGCGAGCUUGAUGCAAUCGGAAUCAAAACAUGUGGAGACAUCUAUCCCCAGCGUGCCAUUUUGACCAAGCUAUUUGGCGAAAAAGCAUUUCAUUUCCUGGUACAGUGCUAUCUCGGCUUGGGGAGAACGAAGAUUCAGCCAGUGGAAAACUAUGAGCGAAAGAGCGUGGGAACCGAGCGGACGUUUCAUGAAAUCGGGAAUAAGGAGGAGUUCCGAGCAAAGCUAUGGUCGAUCGCCGAGGAGCUUGAGAAGGACCUGGCGCGAACCGAGUUCAAAGGCCGCACGCUUGUUCUCAAAGUCAAGCUGGCUACCUUUGAGGUUUUGUCGCGACAAUGCCAGCCUCCGAGGGCAGUCUCGACUGCCAAAGACCUUUACGCGUUCUCCCUCCCAAUGCUGGAAAAGCUUGAAAAGGACAUUCCCGACCUGAAGCUCCGACUCCUCGGCCUUCGCUGCACCAAUCUUGUGAGUACGAAGAAGGUUGGCAUCGAGCUCUUCGGUUUCACUGCACGCCCAAAGCCGACUUCAGAGCUGUCGAUCGACCUUCCUGCUGAACCGGAGAUGGGGGCAGAGGAGACGUUCGAGAGGGCUGCUCGCGAGGAGCUACAGGAGGAACUCGAUGACUUGGAAAAGCUCAGUCAGGAAGUAGCCGAGUCUGCAGAACCGAAAUCCGAUGAGCAGUCGACUGUUGCCGAUGCGUCACCGCAGCCUGUGUAUUGGGAGUGCCCCAUCUGCUCCAAACCUCAGGUGGCGGAUGAUCGCGGUUUUAAUGAUCAUGUGGACUAUUGUCUGUCGAGACAGACCAUCAAGGAGGCUGUUCAGGUUGCGUCAAAUGAUCAUGUGCCUGAGGCCUCGGCUGCAUCAAUGUCGCGCAAGAGGAGAACGACGGCCCCAGAAUCGCCAGACCCGCGACAGAAACGCUUGUUCUUUUCAUAAGAGCAAAUAAGACACCAACGCGCUUGGGCUGAACUGGCUCUUAGCCUGUAGUUGAUCUGCUCAUGGUCGCUGGAACGACCCGGUCAUACUACCUCAGCAGCAAUCCCUGGGCGACAAAAAAGCCAUGGGGCAGCGUAACAUUCCAUGUGGAUGAUACUAGAAGCCAGCGGCAUUGCAUCCUGGAUCGGUUCAGCCAACGCAACCGACAUUCCUCGAUCAGUUGGGCACUGCUCCUGAUUUGAGAGAUCACAUCUGAGCGAUGAUAGGUAUAGGAACAGAUCCGAUACUGAGCCGGAAUAGAGGUGUCUGGAAUUUGCGCGUUCUAGAGGCAUUUUCUAUAAUUGGUGGGGGUGAGGUGU